CAAAUAAAUUCCCGCUUCAUCCGCAGCUUAUAAGACCUGAACCAAAAGGCAACAGGUCACUGGUGAGACUGAGCUGGACGAAACUUCAGAUAUUUUUACGCACGGAAGAACCCGUUUACUGGACGAACUGCGCGCGAUUUAAGGAAAUGAACUGGAACUGCACGCGCAUUUUGCAUGAGUUUGAAUCCAGAUACCCAUCUCUCAGGGCACCAUGGAGACCCAUAAGCUGUUUUUACCCAGUACUGCUGGUAUAGGAGAUCGUUUGUUUGAAGACUCCGUGCGCUUUCGAAGAACUUCCUGUCGAUCUACCCACUCAUAGGAUAUGCUGUGUUUUCUUCAGAGCCCACGCACACACGCGAGGAACGUUCUCCAGAAAUAAUUAGAAAUGCAGAGCCGUGGUGUGGCGAGAAACUCAUUUGGACUGUCCGCGGUGCGCUCCUGCUUGCUGCUGCUCUUCAUCCACCUGAGCGCACCGGUGGAGGCGAGGAGAGUGCGCGGCGGUCGGGCGCAAACACGGAGGGUGCAGCAGCAGCAGCAGACACCCCCGCCGUACAGGGAGCGGGUGGAAGGAGCAGAAAGCUUCCCGUUAGACUUCACAGCUGUGGAGGGCAACAUGGACAACUUUGUAGUGCAGAUAAAGAACUUAGCGCAGUCACUCUAUCCGUGCUCUGCGCAAAAGCUGGAUCAGGACAUGAAGCUGCACUUUUUGAAGAACGUGUCUGUGACUUGCAACGACGGGUCACCUGCAGGUUACUACAUCAAGGAGUCAAAAGGAAGCAAGAGGUGGCUGCUGUUCCUGGAAGGUGGAUGGUACUGCUUCGACAGUCAGACCUGUGAGAGCAGGUAUGAGACGAUGAGGAGACUGAUGAGCUCCACCAAGUGGCCACUAACCAGAACAGGAAGGGGAAUUUUGUCUCCGCAGCCGGAGGAAAACCCUCACUGGUGGAACGCCAACAUGGUGUUCAUCCCGUACUGCUCCAGCGACGUGUGGAGCGGAGCCACCCCGAAGACAGAUCAAAGUGAUUAUGCGUUCAUGGGCUCUCUGAUCAUUAAGGAGGUGGUGAAUGAGCUGCUGACAAAAGGGCUAGAAAACGCCAAGGUUCUGCUCCUGGCAGGCAGCAGUGCCGGUGGGACAGGCGUCCUGCUGAAUGUGGACCAGGUUGCAGAGCAGCUGGAGGCCCAGGGAUAUACAGGGGUGCAGGUCAGGGGCCUGGCUGAUUCUGGAUGGUUCCUGGAUAACAAACAGUACAAAUUCACAGACUGCCUGGAUACCAUCAGCUGUGCUCCCACAGAAGCCAUAAAGAGAGGCAUCAGGUACUGGGGAGGACUGGUGCCAGAGAGCUGCAGACAGGCUCACGUGGGAGAGGAGUGGAACUGUUUCUUCGGAUAUAAAGUCUACCCCACAUUAAAAAGCCCGGUGUUCGUGGCACAGUGGCUCUUUGACGAGGCCCAGCUGACGGUCGAUAACAUCCACCUGACCGGACAGCCCAUCCACGAGGGCCAGUGGAGGUACAUCCAGAAAUUGGGGCAGGAGCUGAGGCACACACUUCGUGACGUACCGGCGAUGUUUGCACCGGCAUGCCUGUCUCAUGAGCUCAUCACGAGAGCGGACUGGACAGACAUCCGAGUGAAAGGAAUCUCCCUGCCCAGAGCCCUCCACUGCUGGGACCGCAGCCUCCAUCACAACCUCCACAUCAACAGCAGCCACAGCCACCAAAAGCACAUGACCCCUCCAGUGAGAGGUUGCCUUCUACAGCUGAUCGACAGCUGCCCGUGGCCGCACUGCAACCCCUCCUGCCCGACCAUUCGGGACCAGCUGACAGGACAAGAGAUGAGCGUCAUCCAGUUCCUGAAGCACAUGGGCUUCGACGUGCAGAAGAUGGCUCAGCAGCAGGGGAUGGAGCCCAAGAAGCUACUGGGCAUGCUCAAUAACGGGAACUGAGACACAUUUUCAGAAGAGAGUGGAUUAAAACUGAGAUGUCCACCAACAAAAUAAACACACAAAAGUGCCUCAUGAGUUUUGACAAUAUUGUUCAGCUGAAUACAAUCAAACCAGUGUUUGAGCUCUUAAACUACAGUAUAUGAGAUCACAUCAGAUCAACAUAACCUCCAUGCAUAUGCAGUUUUAUGUACUGUAUCAUUUAUAUGUGCAGGUCCGUCUCCAGAGUUUUGAUGGGAAAGACUGGAAACACUUCCCAGUUUGUUGUUGUGGAUUUUUCCAGCAUGUUCUUUGUGGGACUUUGGUGCUCACCUCUAAAAUAUCCAGUUCAGAAACCCAUCUACGGUGCUGCUGUUUCAACCCUUCACCAAAUAUGCUGCUUUUUUUCUCUUUAUGGAAAAGAUAAUUUAAUGGGUAAUAUUUACUAAUAUAAAGAUGAAAUAUUACUUUGUUCUUCAGGCCACGGUUAAAGGAUUUAUUUAUUUUUCUACUGAAGAGAUUUUUAUAUUUCCUUAUGGUCAAACACAGUUAACCAUCUACAUACCACCAACUACAUAUUUGGCUUUUUACCUGCAUGUUUGUUUAAAAAAGAAGAAGAAAGAAAAGAAAGUGUAUGCUUGUAGAGUGCAUUAUGUCCAUACUGUUCUUCAGGCUGUAAACCUUAUAUUUUGUUGUAUGGUAGUUGUGCCCACUCCUUUUAAACGCACUAAUAAAGACAAAUACACGCUGAAA